CACAACGACGGAGGCCGACGAUCAGCGACGGGAUUUUCUUCGCUCCGCCCAUUUCCGGCACGACGCCUCUCUCUACGGAAGCGCGCAGUCUCGUGACCGGGGCUCCCGAAUGGCGAACAGCGAAGCCGCGGAUAGAUGAAGAGGGUUUUCGGAGAAAUAGUGCGAGCGAACCACCGAAGCACAAAAUGCUGUCUCGUCUGUUGAAGGAGCACCAAGCGAAGCAAAACGAGCGAAAAGAACUGCAGGAAAGACGCAGGCGGGAAGCUAUUGCUGCAGCUACCUGCCUCACUGAAGCCCUAGUAGACCACCUCAACGUUGGGGUUGCCCAGGCAUACGUAAAUCAACGCAAGCUGGACCAUGAGGUGAAGACCCUUCAAGUGCAGGCCAGCCAGUUUUCCAAGCAAACUGCUCAAUGGAUCAACAUGGUUGAGGGCUUCAAUCAGGCCCUAAAGGAAAUCGGGGAUGUGGAGAACUGGGCUCGCAGCAUCGAGAUGGACAUGAGGACCAUUGCCACGGCUUUGGAGUACGUACACAAGGGUCAGCUUCAGUCUGCCUCAUAAACAUUCUUGACGCAGCUAUCUGAAGGAACGCUAGCUUUGCAGCUGAAACUUAAUACACUGGAACUGAACCAGAGCGGUGGCAGAAAUCUGGUUCCAUGGAACCUAACCAGCAAAAACACAACAUCUUUUUGGCAAGCGUGACUUGAUGAGUUGUGGUCCACCCCUGUGAGUGAGCUUGGCCCAUGCUUUUGGCUGUUAUACCCCCCCCCUUUUUUUUUUCUCCCCAAUUGGAUUUGGCCAAUGGCCGUCCUAGUUGCUGCUCCACCUCCUCUGCCGAUCCGGGGAGGGCUGCAGACUACCACAUGUUUCCUCCGACACAUGUGGAGUCGCGAGCCGCUUCUUUUCACCUGACAGUGAGGAGUUUCACCAGGGGAACGUACCACGUUGGAGCCUUAUGCUAUUUCCCCCAGUUCCCCCUGGCCCCGACCAACCAAAGGGGGCGCUAGUGCAGCGACCAGGACGCAUACCUACAUCCAGCUUCCCACCCGCAGACACGGCCAAUUGUGUCUGUGGGGACGCCCCACCAAGCCGGAGGUAACACGGGGAUUCGAACAGGCGAUCCCUGUGUUGCUAGGCAACGGAAUAGACUGCUACGCUACCCGGACGCCCUGGCUGUUGUAUAUUAAAGUUCUGUACAACGUCAGCUGUGUUUGAGGGUAAAACACCCACGUGUGAUGUUGGUUUUGUUUACUUAUUUAGAUUUUAAAGCUGUAAUGUUUGCCGGCGGUGCUCACUAUAGGGAGACCGUACCGUGGAUGUGAAGUUGCACUGAGAUAAUGUUGGGCCGGUGUGUGAAUUGAGGAAAAUCUGACGUUUCUGUGAGCAUGAGGGGGGCCGUGACGUCUGCCAAAAAUAGUUUUGCAACAAAGAGUCGCUUAUUGUAAGUGAACAGACGAGGCUUAUUUGUGAGCGCAGCGUUAAGAAGAGGCCGCUGACAACUUUCAGUUUGUCUUCUGUUGCAUCCUUCUCUGAUGACUUUUUAUUUUUUUGUCCCCAAGUGGAUCACCUGUCUGUCUUCAGAAGCCCAGAAAUCUGUACGUCGUCUUUACAGUGUCGCCUGUGUUGUGCUUAUGAGACUCGUUCCUGUUGAAGUUUUAUCACUUGGCGAUUGUGCAAUGCCGCUAUUAAUAAAUUAAUAUUAA